AUGGCGACCACGGAGAAGUCGACGGCCGCCUAUGGCCACGAUACCAUUGACCCUGCCCGCGCAAGCAGCCCUAGCAUCAACGCCCCGAGCGAGAAGGUGGCCGAGACGCGCGAGGUCUUCAAGACGACCGAGGAUGGCGUCGACUUCCGGACCGUCAGCUGGCAGCUCGCCACGGUCAUCUUCCUCAAGAUCAACUUUGCCAUGAGCAUCCUGGCCGUGCCCGGAGCUCUUGGUACACUGGGCGCUAUCGGCGGUUCGCUGUCCAUCGUGGCUUGGGAGGCUUUGAAUACUUACACCGCGAUCCUUAUCGGUGACUUCCGUAGUCGUCACCCCGAGUGCCACACUCUCGCCGAUGCCUGCCACAUUCUAUGGGGUCCCCUGGGCCGUGAGAUCUGCGGAGUCAUGAUCCUCGUUGCACAGAUCCUCGUCACGGCCGCCGGCAUCGUUUCGGUGUCGACGGCGUUCAACGCGCUCUCGAACCACAGCACCUGCACCGUGACCUUCGCCUUCAUAUCCGCGGUGCUGAUCACGGGCUUCUCGGCCGUGCGCACCUUCGCGCGGCUGGGCUGGCUGACCUGGCUGGGCUUCGUCACCUUCUUCAUCGCCGUCUUCGUCUUCGUCGUGGCCGUGACGCAGCAGGACCGGCCGGCGGCGGCGCCGCCGACGGGCGACUUCGAGCUGGGCUGGACCGCGCUCGCCUACCCGACCUUCGCCGCCGGCAUGACGGCAUCGGCCAACAUCUUCCUGUGCGGCAGCGGCUCCUUCAUGUACCUCCCCAUCAUCUCCGAGAUGCGCCGGCCUCAGGACUACCGCAAGGCGGCCCUGUGGACUGGCCUGUUGGUCGGCGCCAUGUAUCUGACCUUCUCGCUGGUCAUCUACCGCUACUGCGGGCAGUGGUUGACCACGCCGGCGUUUGGAAGCGCUGGGUCCUUGUUCAAGAAGAUUGCAUACGGUAUCGCACUUCCUGGGCUGGUCAUCGGUAACGGCAUCUACCAGCAUGUGGCUGCUAAGUACCUGUUUGUGAGAGUCCUCAGGGACUCGAAGCAUCUGCAGGAGGGAACUGUGGUGCACUGGAGUACGUGGAUCGGUAUCAAUGUUGUCCUGGGUGCCUUGUCGUUCAUCAUCUCGCAAGCCGUGCCGAUCCUAGACUACCUACUCGGUCUCACUGGGUCCCUGUUCUCAGCACCGUUCUGCCUCAUUUUCCCGGCGCUGUUCUGGAUGCAUGACUUUAAGGGGUACAAGACACUGUCGGGCAAGAACAAGGCUCUAUGGUGGCUACACGCAGUGAUUAUCCUAAUUGGCCUCUUCAUGGUGGUCGGCGGCACGUAUGGCGUUGCUCUGUCGAUUCGGAACGCCUUCGCCACAGGCCUGAUCUCCAAGGUGUUUGACUGCGCCGAUAACUCUGGAUAUAUAUCUUAG